CGGGGACGGAGAAAUAUGAUGAGGAUUUUAUUUUUCUGGAGGCAUUUCUCGAGGAGCAGCAGAACUGAUGUUUUAGAGGGGAAAACAGCUCCAAAGAUCUUUUUAAUGUAAGCUCAUUUGGCCAUGUGCUGAUCAUCUGCUUUACCUAAGAAGACCUCCAUUCAUCUACAGUCCUGCUUACGAACCAGCUGCUCACAUGGCCCACCCGUACGAGCCGUGGCUGAGGACAGCACCACCUAGUGGCAGCUCAGAAGACAUGAACAUUCCCUCCUGGUGGGACCUCCAUCGUGAUGUGCAACCAGGGAGCUGGAUUGACCUGCAGACUGCGCAAGGGUUGCCUCCUGUGAGUCCAGGGAGCUCCAUGGGGCUUCAGCCCUCUUUAGGGCCCUAUGGGUCCGACCCACAACUGUGCACGCUGCCUCCAGCCCAGCUAGCUCCGGCGUCGCACUCGCCCCACCUUUUUCCUCAAGAUGGCUUCAAGAUGGAGCCGAUGGCCUCCGAUAUGCUGCAGCAGGAGGCGUUCUCCCUGGAAGAACCUCCGGAGACCUCCGUGUCCCAUCGGCCCAAACCGCAGCGCCGUUCCUCCUCCAGGGGCGCCGGGCAAGCGGUGUGCCGCUGCCCCAACUGCGUCCACGCAGAACAGAUGGGCCAGAGCCCCGAUGACAGCAGGAGGAAGCACAUGCACAACUGCCACAUCCCCGGAUGCGGCAAGGCCUACGCCAAAACCUCCCACCUGAAGGCCCACCUGCGCUGGCACAGCGGCGACCGGCCCUUCGUCUGCAACUGGCUCUUCUGCGGCAAAAGAUUCACACGCUCGGAUGAACUGCAGCGCCACCUACAGACACAUACCGGCGCUAAAAAGUUCAGCUGUGCUCUGUGUCCCAGGGUGUUCAUGCGCAAUGAUCACCUUGCAAAGCACAUGCGCACGCACGAGUCCCCACCGGGACAGGGCGAGGAGCGGGUGAAUGGAGAGGGGAGGGCGGAGAAAGGCUUUGAUGGGGCCACGCCCACGCAGUCCACGUCUGACGGAGGAGAGCCCCCGCUGAAGCUGAAGUGUGAGGCAGACCCCUCAGGCCAGGCCAGCUAACUUCACCUCCUUUAGUUCCGGGCACCCCGGCUGCUUCCCGCUCUGAUACAGAGGUGGCGUAGAAUUGCAAUAGAAUAGAGAGUAGGUGAAAAACAGAAAUGCGUUAAGGAGAGGCUGUUUGGAGCUCGCAGAAACAGGAUGUCCUUCUGGGGUAGAAGGUCGCAAAGGUUGCUGAGCUGAAGCGAGAGCUGCAACCAGGAGGAGGCCAAACAAGAUGGCGACCGGUCUGAAACAUGUCAGACCUGCAACAAAAACAGACCCGUUCUGGAAAAAAUGAUGAACAUUUCUUUAUAUGAAAGUUUGUUUACCGUCAAAUGAAACACAAUUACAUAAUAUAAUAUGAUACUAAGAUAGAGUUUUUGACAAUGUGACAGCUGAUCACCAAAAGCGUGUUUAUUUUCACACAGUCUGACAGCAGAAAGGACUUGAUGACAGUCAAACAAUGACACAAUGUGAACAGGUAUUCAGGACGGAGCAAACCAAAGCAGCGCAUUACUUCAGAGAGGAGGAAGACAAAUCACAACAAGCUGAGCCUGAACGCUCAAAGAGCCGUCUAGAAGUGGAAGCUGACCUGGAUGGGAAACUGGUUUCUGUCGGAACACGUUGAAGACAGCAGGAAACAACAAAUCCAUCAAUGUUUUGCUCUCAACAGUGGAUCAAAAAGGCAGUAAUAUGAAAAAGAGAACCAGUGGUGAGAUCCAUCCUCUUUCUCU